AUGCUGUCUCUAUCAGAACACAUUUACUCUGCCGGCUUCCUCAGGGGAGAACUCUCUGAUGUCAAGAUUGUGGCGUUCCAGAAGGAGUACAACCUACACAAACUCAUCCUCGACCGCUCGCCAUACUUCCACUCGCUGUUCUCGGCUAAAUGGGACACAGAAGGGCGACCUGUUCAUCAUCUAGAUUUCUCCAUCGAUCACAACAUCACAGAGCAGGCAUUUGACCAAUGUCUUCAGCGGCUAUAUGGAGGAGCGGAGGACCCGUCGGAGAUUCUGGGGUUCCCGGAGCGAGUGUCUGCAGCAUUCGAGCUGUUCGCCACAGCCAACUUCCUCAAUCUGACCGACCUAGUUGACUUCUGUCUGUUGUUGAUCAUAAACUCGCUGACGAAAUUCACAGUGGCCGAGACCCUGUGUUUUGCAUUGGAGAACCACUACCCUCAAAGUGAUACAAUCAUCGACUCCUGCAAAUCCUUCCUGUGCGCUGAGGGCUCAGAGAUGUCCUACCUCCAAUGGUCUCGUAUCCCCAUUCCCAUUGUGGUGGAGGUGGUGUCCUCAGACGGCUUCUUCAUCCAGUCAGAGUGGGAGAGAUGCAUGUGGGUAGUAGGCUUUCUCACCGAAGAAGACUACCUCAGUGAUUUCAACAAUAACGAGAGUCCCAUCGAACCCGAAGUUGAGGAGGACUCAGACUCAUCGUCCAACUUCGACAUUGGUCUCGAAAAGCUCUCAUUGAAUGCAGAAAUCAACCUCAGCACGCCUACAGGCUCAUACACCGAACUGAAUCGUCUUGGGACCGAGCCAAUUGGUAGUCCUGAGCAAGUCAAGAAGGCCUCCUCUUCUACUGCCUCGGCCCAGACCGAGGAGGAUGAAUGUGACAUCGAGACCCAGUCCACCUCAUCGCUGGACUCAGAAAUUGCAUCUCAGCUCCACGAACUCACAAAGGCCAUCCACUACUGUCACCUGUCUCUAGCUCAACUUCAGCAUCUAGAGAAGAUCAAGGACAAGCGUGGAAAGCUGCUUUUUGACAAGAGCGUGCUUCAAGAAGGUCUCUGGCAGCAAAUGAAGCUGAAACAGCUGGUUCUGAGCACUGGAGAUGACCGUCUGGACGUGUGUAUGUCCACCAAGCAGCUGAUGGCUAUGGGUGCCGAGAAUGAAGACGACGCCGAGUUGUUCUAUCCCGUUCCUUCGCACGAUAAGAGUGUCGCUGGUCGACGAUCUAACGAUGCCAUCACAGCCAAAGACUACUAUACGGGUAGAUGUGAUCCUGAAGCGCCUCUAGAGACUUCUGAUCCCGAUGCUCAGGUGACCUUCUCCCCUUUCCCCCCCUUUAGAUUCUCUGUCAAGUUCGACGACAUUAGUCAGCUCAAGGGAGAGAGUAAACUGUAUACGGAUAAUGCAGUUUGGUACGCAGGUACAUGGUGGAGUGUGUAUCUGCAGAAGAUCAACAAGAAGAGUCCCCAGCUGGGUGUCUAUUUGCAUCGAGAGGCUCGAACCCAACGGGAUCUGGCCACAGGGGCCAACUCGUCCUACACGCUACUUUCGGGAAAGAGCACUGCCAAGUCAACCGUUGGUUUGGAUGACACGACCACCAUGGAGCUCAAGACUGAGCCUCGGCUGGUGAGUUUCCCUGCCACUGAGCAGCCUGCUGAUUACAACGACGACCGGCCUCAGAUCAUGAGUUAUUUUGAGAUCUACACCCCAUCCAAGCGGGGUAAGAACCUCACCUGUUUCUCGUCUUCUCCGUCCGCCUUUUCCUGUGCUCAGAGCUGGGGCUGGAGAUCGUCUUCGCUUUAUCACUACGCUGAGGAGAACGCCAAGCAGCAUACUCGGGCCAGUCUCAAGUUCAUGGUAGUGAUCGGUGUCGUUUAG